AUGUGGAGGUUUCUUUUAGCCACUGUAGCCCUAGCCACCUACGUUCAAGGGCUGUCCACCCCUCAAUCAGGGGAUGAACUGGUCUCCAGCGUUUUGGACAAUUGCAUCGACAUGGCUUGCGUCAAGCAAAACGUUCUGGGAUACUUAGACAACAUCAAUGGACUAACUAGUGACCCUAGAAAUGCUAAGAACAUUGAUGCUGCCAUCUUCAAAAGGGCUGCGAGGUUUCUGAAGACGCAUGAAUUCAGAUUCAAAGUUCCAGAAGCUGUGUUGGAUCAGACUGAAGUCAUUUACAACCCGAAGUCUGGUCUGGACAUCCUGACUAAAGAAACCGAAGAAGAAUCUAGGGGUCUAGGAUUGAAGAAGAAACUACUUUUCCCGGUACUCUUGUUAUUGAAACUCAAGAUGAAGCUGUUGAUGCCUCUGUUCGUGGCUCUGAUUGGUCUCAAAGCCACCAAAGCUUUGAUCCUCAGCAAACUAGCUAUUGUCAUCGUACUCGGAUUCAUUGUUUACCAAUUCUUAGGCAAAUCAGGUAUGCCGAUGCCAAUGUCAAUGAUGCCACUAGAACCGCCUGCACCACUUUACGGAGUACCAGGACCUUCCACAGCUCCACCCAGUUCCUACGAACCAGGGUGGGAACCUAACCAGGGUGGUCCCUACCAACGCGUGUGGAAUGGAAACAGUGAUGCCCAGAGCAUGGCGUACUCCGGGUACUAUCCAGGUACUCCGGCUGCUACCUCCACCAACAACCCUUGA